AUGGAAAGUGAUGCGUUUGCGAUUGUUGAUAUAAACAUAAGUGAUAAGAAUACAAAUAAAUCAAACAAAAAUGACGUAGUAAACAUCAAUAAGAAGACGUUAGUUCCCACCGUUAUAAAAAUACAGAGAGAUCGCGGUGAACGCGAUUAUAUAGGUUUUGCAACUUUGCCAGAGCAAGUUCAUCGGAAAUCUGUUAAACGGGGGUUCGAUUUCACACUUAUGGUUGUAGGAGAAUCAGGUCUAGGAAAAUCGACCCUUAUCAAUAGCUUAUUUCUUGGAGACCUCUACAAAAGUAGAAAAAUAGCUGAUGUCCAAGAUAGAGUUGAGAAAACAACAACAAUAGAAAAGAAGACUAUGGAAAUCGAGGAACGGGGUGUGAAACUCCGUCUUACAAUUGUCGAUACGCCUGGCUUUGGAGAUGCAAUCAACUGCGAAGAUUCAUGGAGGGUUUGCUCAGCUUACGUUGAUGAGCAAUUCCGACAGUACUUUACCGAUGAAAGCGGGCUCAAUAGAAGGCAUAUGCAGGACAAUAGAGUGCAUUGCUGCCUUUACUUUGUACCACCAUGGGCACAUAGUCUUCGGCAAGUAGAUUUGGAGAUGAUGAAACGCCUACACCGCAAAGUCAACAUUGUUGUAGUUAUAGCAAAAGCAGAUUCGCUAACUGCUGCUGAAGUGAAGCGACUCAAAUCGCGCAUAUUGGACGAUUUGGAUGAGUAUCAGAUUCAGGUAUAUCAAUUUCCUGAAUGUGACAGCGACGAAGACGAAGAGUUCAAGCAGCAGGACCGCGACUUGAAAGCAGCAGCACCAUUUGCCGUUGUUGCUGCUGACACCGUGCUAGAAGUUGGGGGGAAGAGAAUACGCGGGAGACAGUAUCCUUGGGGAAUUGUCGAUGUGGAAAACCCUAGACACUCGGACUUCACAAAGCUCCGUACGAUGCUUAUAUCAACACACAUGCAGGACCUGAAAGAUGUGACCCAAGAUGUUCACUACGAGAACUUCAGGGCCCAGUGCAUUUCGCAAAUAUCACAGCACGCUAUGAGGGAACGAGGGAAACUUAAGAGAGACUCUAUGGGCAACAACCAUGACGUAGUAAUAACCGACACUGAUAGACUCCUGCUGCAGAAAGAUGAAGAAAUAAGACGAAUGCAGGACAUGUUAACACAAAUGCAAGAAAAGCUUAAAGCCACUGAUAAAAAACACGACAGUAUUAUCGACGUAUAG